AUGCCAAGGCCGAUCAGCCUCAGUGACAUCGAACACGUGGAACAGAGGGCAGAUUAAAUUAACGAAAGUUGUUUAUGUGCCAUGUCAGCAGUUGGUUCCUAGAACGGUUCUAUGUCAGCGUAUAAUAGCAGCGGUAGUGAGGACUGUGGUCGCGACACAUUAUUUGUCGUCAUAAAUCCAGAAGCAAAUAACUCUGUGACAAUGAUUGUGCAAAUGAAAAAAAAUUAACACGGAUUACCGCAGACACUGUCUACAUGUUGUCUCCAUUGGAGUUCAUUGUCAAACAAAGUGCUCAAAAAAUGUAUACAGGAAUGAAGAACCACAUUUGGAAACUUAAGUUACAAGUACAACAUGUUACCUGUAACACACAAGGAUGCUUCCAGAUCUCUGGGAUCCCGACUGAAAGAGAAGGUCAGCGGAUGGGCAAGGCUGAUAUUUUCAGACCGUAACUCAAGAAAUCUUUUUCUCUUUUUAUUGCUAAAUCUUUCAUUUGCAUUCGUGGAAUUAGCUUACGGAAUAUGGACCAACAGUUUAGGUCUCAUAUCGGAUUCGUUUCACAUGUUUUUCGACUGCACAGGCCUUCUAGCAGGUCUUGCUGCUUCAGUAAUUACGAGGUGGCGAGCAAAUGAUAAAUUUUCCUAUGGUUAUGUAAGAGCAGAAGUUUUGGCUGGCUUUGUGAAUGGCUUGUUUUUGCUCUUCAUUGCAUUCUUUAUUAUGUCAGAAGCUGUUGAGAGAGCAAUUGAACCGCCAGAAGUGAAGCAUGAAAGGCUAUUUGUAGUAUCUGUUCUGGGACUUGUUGUCAAUCUGGUUGGGAUUUAUGCAUUCCAGCAUGGUCAUGGGCAUUCUCAUGGAGGCAGUAGUGGCCAUGGACAUUCCCAUGGCAAUCAUGGUCAUAUACAUUCUCAUUCUCAUGGAAGUCAUUCACAUAGUCAUGACCCUGAGUUGAGUGGCAGCAAUUCUCAAAUAAUGAAAGGAGUAUUUUUGCAUAUUUUAGCUGAUACUUUAGGGAGUGUUGGAGUAAUUAUAUCGGCCAUCCUGAUGCAGAUGUUUGGAUGGAUGAUAGCUGAUCCUAUAUGUUCAAUGUUCAUAGCCAUUCUAAUUGCAUUAAGUGUUUUGGCACUGAUAAAGGAUAAUGUGUUAAUAUUAAUGCAGAGACAGCCAGUAGCUUUGGAUCAUGUACUUCCUCAGUGUUAUCAGAAAGUCAGUCAAUUGGCUGGAGUUUACAGUGUGCAAGAACCACAUUUUUGGACGUUGUGCAGUGAUGUUUAUGUAGGUGCUUUGAAACUGGAGGUUUCUAAGGCAGCAGAUCCAAAAUAUAUUGUGAGCCACACACACAUGAUAUUUGCAUCUGUUGGUGUCAGGCAGUUGUAUGUACAAUUGGACUAUGCUUCUAUGUGAUUCAGACAAUAUAAGAAUUGUGUAGGUACCAUGUGGUUGUUUCGUUAAUGGUUGUACUGUUGGUUAUGUUCCAGUUGGAAGGCAGUUGAAGAGCCUUGCAACUGACACAAAUUUUAUUUGUUGACAGUAUUAUUGUUGUGUAGGUAUAUUUUAUUCUUUAAAAAUGAUCCCAUAAUUUAAUGCCUACACUUGCAUUUAAAAUCACUGAUUACCUAUUUGUAUAAACAGAAUGUUUUGUUCUGAUAAUAUUAGUAGAGAUACUCAGUGAAAUUUUUAUAACGAGAGAAUGAAGAAGGCUGAUGAAAAUAGUGCCUCUUGUUGACUAAAUUGAUAACUGUAGCAUUCAACAUAGAUAUUGCAAAAAUACUGUGCUAUUUGUGAACUGUGAUUGAAUCGUCUGUAUUCCACUUGGAGAUACCAUAACUUACACUUUAAAAAUUUGAUAUUAGAUGAUGUAUUUUGCUGUUAAUUGUUAAGCUCGUGAACAAGAUGAGCUUUUAUAAGUUUCUCCUGUCAGUUUGUGCAUUCCAAGUGGAAAAUUGCAGUUGUAUUGCAAGCAAAAAGCUGUGAAAUAAACUGUGCUUGUUGUCAAUUUA